ACAACAGCUGGCUUACACACCUCUUCCUUGACCUUGUAUCCUCCCUCCUGCCCUUCCGUCCCCUCCCUACUACUGCCACUGUCACCACCUUCCUUCCCGACUGCAACCUUCCUUCCAACAAUCUCCUCCAACACCCUAGCAACCUCAAUCCUCUGCAAGCACUUCCCGUCCGCCCAUCUCCACCUCCCCAACCAAACAUCCCCCCCACCAGAAAUCACCUCUUGCGGUGCCCACCCCGGCACCAAAACCUUUGAAACGAACGCUGUAUGUCCCAGGCAGAACCCCUCAAUCACCCAACUCUGUGGGUACCUUGAGACCCGUAUGUGUUCGUCCCUAUCCGCUGUUAUGAUAUACUUUCUCUUCUGCCCCUCCCGUGUGGUGGUGGUGACUGAUAGCAGGUCCGUCAACAUGGAUACGUGCCCUAGGAGGAGUUUGUGCGCGAAAGGUAGGUCAUGGAUGAUUUCUGUGCGGUGGCGCUUCGAUCCCGAGUCUUUGGGCGUGGUUGCGGGGGGCACGGCGGGGGCGGCUUCUGGGGAAAGGAGGAGUGGGAGCGAGUAUACGUCACCGAAUUUAUCGGCGACGAGGAUUGUGGUGUCGGAGUCCGUGAGUGCAAGGGCGCAGGGUCUUUUGGGCAUUAUUCUAUUUGUUUUUGUGAAUUAGCUAUUAUAGAGCUUGCAGAUUGA